UUUCCCCCUUCUUACCGGAAGUGAUAUCGGAAGGGAAUGUUAUCAGGACGGACCUAGUGUGCUCCACAUAAAGCGUUCCCCCAUAGUCAUUUUCUGUCAGUGAAGCAGGUAGACGAGUUGGAAACUAAUCCCUUCAUUUCUUUUGAAACUUUGCCGUGAUGAUUGCAUUGACCGAAAAGGACAGGCCUGUGGCUCAGAAGCUGCUGGAUUUCGGGGCGUGCGCUCGCUGUGUUCUCAGGUUCUGCCGUGUCGGACUGCAGGCCUCAUAUAGGCCUCGGCAUCAGGAGUUGUUUCGCGAACUGUGCGAGUUCCUUCAGGGCAGGAAAGAUGACAACAAACUACCUUGUGAAACAGCAGACCCUCCCAGUAAGAGAAUCAAGCUGGAGAGUACCAAAGAGACUGAAGAACAGGCUUUAAACGGAAGCCACAUGGAUAAUGACGUUGGCGCAGUUGCUGAAAACGUAUGCACCAUUUGCUUGGGGAUUCUGCAGGAGCUUUGUGAGGUGGAUUUUGUCAAAAUGGUGUGCCAUAAGAUUAAUUCCUCUGAAUAUCAGUUUUCCAGCUUUGUGUUUUCAGUGUCUUUCCCACCGCAGCUCUCUGUCAGGGAGCAUGCAGCAUGGUUGCUAGUAAAAGAGGAAAUAGAGAAACAGGACUUUGUCGUGGAAAAAGAAGACCUUGUCCAGUUGAAAGAGGCGUACAAGUGGAUCACCCACCCCCUGUUCUUGGAGGAGUUGGGGGUCCCUGCGGAUGGAAAGAGCUUGUUUGAAGUAUGUGUCGUCUUUGCUCAUCCGGACACUGACAAAGACUGCCGUUUUCUAGCCUCAGCAUGUCCAGGUUGCUUCAAGCCAGCAAAGAACAAACAGUCUGUCUUCACCAGAAUGGCUGUCAUUAAGGCUUUGGAUCUGAUAAGUGAAGAAGAUUUUCAAAAAAACUUCCGAUGUCCGCCGAGUUUGUCCACGGCCCCUUGCACAGCUGUUGACAUUCAGUGUACCAACGGUGCCAUCUUUGUGGCUGGAAGAUAUAACAAAUACUCCAGGAUGUUACCCCAAACUCCCUGGAUUAUAGAUGGAGAGAGGAAGAUGGAGUCUUCUGUGGAAGAGUUGAUCUCGGAGCAUCUUAUGGCUGUCUUCAAAGCGGACAGUUUUAAUUUUUCAUCCUCUGGAAGAGAAGAUGUGGAUGUUAGGACAUUAGGCAACGCAGGGAGGCCAUUUGCUAUUGAACUAGUGAAUCCUCGGAGGGUCCGCUUGGAUGCGACUGAGAUGAAGGCACUUCAGCAGACAAUCAAUGACUCAUCAGACAAAAUCCAAGUUCGUGACUUACAGCUGGUCACCAGGGAGGCCAUUGGUCACAUGAAGGAAGGGGAGGAAGAGAAGACCAAGACCUACAGUGCCUUAAUAUGGACAGAAAAAGCAAUCAGGAGCGAAGACAUUGCCUUUCUAGACAAUAUGAAGGAGUUAAAACUUGAUCAAAAGACUCCGCUGCGGGUUCUACAUCGGCGCCCUUUAGCGGUCAGGGUUCGCCUCAUCCACACCAUGAGGCCGGAGUACAUUGACGAGCAUCACUUCCGCCUCCAUCUGAAGACACAGGCAGGGACCUACGUUAAAGAAUUUGUACAUGGAGACUUUGGAAGAACCAAGCCAAACCUCAGUUCCCUCUUGGAGACAACAGCUGACAUCUUAGAGUUGGAUGUUGAGUCAGUGGAUGUUGAUUGGCCUCCAGCUCUGGACAAUUGACGAGCAAUUUAAGUUUCAAGAUGUUGGUGAAGAGGAAGGGGAAGAAGAUGAAGACCAGGCUCCAUUUUGGAAGCGAGAUGACUUUUCCUUAAGCAUUUUAGAUCAUGUUGAUCUGUUCAAAGACUUGUUUUGCAACUAAAAUAUGUUUCUUAAUUGGAUUUUAAAACUUUGAAUACAGGGGGGUUGGCUGCAGCAGAAUCUAUCUGUCUUGCGGAUGCAAAGACUACACUUGGGUGUCUCGCCCAGUUAAGCCAAAGCCUUUCUUCCACUCCGUAAAGCUGGAGUGGCUACUAUGGGCAGAAUAAUCAGGGACAUUUUUUCUCAACCCAUUUUAAUGCACUUAAAUCAGGGACCAAACUCUGGUACUUUUGCCAGGUAUCAUGUAAAUGCAUACUGAUCCGGAGUAAAUUGACAUUGUAAGAGAAUAUCCCUUCUUGUAAGACAAAUUCAUUUGAUUUUUCCCACCUAAAAGGGCACAGAUUUGGAAUCCAGAAAUUGUUUUGGAUAUGGUAACUGCUUUCUGAUAACUAGAUGGAAUUUCCUGAAAGUUACAUGGUUAUGUGUGGCAGAAAAAGAAAAAGGCACUCCUCUGUCCAGUAUGACAGAGGCUUUUUUGGUUUUCAGAUUCCUUAUUUUGAAGUGCCAGCACAGAAUAAGGUGGAAGGAAGGUGCCGAACAUCUCCUAGAAAUGCUGUGUCUACUAUAUUACCAAGAUAAAUAUAGGAUGAUCAUAGGGUGUUAAUUCUAGAUACAUAGCAGGGAGCAUCAGUGUGAUUUCUGGUUGAUUUCAUUGUGUUUUUCUGAAACCCAAUGGAUGGCUAAAAGAAUAAAAAUCUGAAUUUCAAAACACUCCUGGUCCUAAACAUUUCAGAUCAGGGAUAACUCAAUCUCUACUGUAAGUAUAACUGCUAGUGAUUAGUGGUGUUGCUGAAUCACCCUAUGUUAAACUGCCUUAGUCCUGUGUAUGUUUACUCAGAAGGCCCUCCAGGUGUUUUGGACUCCAACUCCCAUAAUUCCUAACAGCCGAUAGGCUGUUAGGAAUUGUGGGAGUUGAAGCCCAAAACACCUGGAGGGCCCAAGUUUGCCCAUGCCUUGGUUAGCCUGUCAGUCAAAGGGAUUAUUGUUGUUUUCGGAAAGAAGAGGAUCAUGUGAAAUGCAUAGAAAGUUGUAAAUGUAAAGAAAGCUAUGCUUUUUAAAGAAACAGAUGUUUUUUUUUAAAUGAGAAAAUUAAACUCCCCCCUUCUUAAACUCC